UUCUACUUGAACCAAAUUCAAAUUUUGAAAUUGUAAUGACACAGAUGGAAACAGCAUCCAGCAACAUGAAGAGUUUCUACUGGCAAAGGAAGAGCAAUAGAGUUGGCAUCACAAAGUCCAAGAAGAAAUCGCCCAAACUUGCAUCAGCUAUCGGCUGUGAUAUCACCCAGAGAAGAACGCUCAUUUCUCAUGGCGCCCCGGAUCUUCAAGAUGAUCAUGACAAACAUGAGGAACUGUUUAGGCAAUUUGACAUGAGCAUGGCAUAUGGACCGUGCCUUGGGAUGAUCCGGCUGGCACGAUGGGAGCGUGCUCAACGUUUAGGUCUUAACCCACCCAUAGAAAUUGAGGGUUUGAUGAAGGAUGGAAAGGUAAACUCAGAUUGCCUGUGGGAUGGCCGUGUUUAGAUGUUAUUAAUAGUAUGCUUGGUGAGAUAAUAGAAUCUGACGUAUUGCUAGUUGUGAUUUUCUUUUUGUAAUUUUCAUGUUCAGCCUCUAGCUGUGUUGUUAGUAUGUUUAUAUGUCUUGAUGAAUUAAUGAAUUUGCUGAUAUUAAUGGAGUGAUUUUCUUUGUGAUUA